AUGUUUGACGUGACGUCAACUGACAUUAAAAAACUCGGAAUAUUGCCUAAUAAUAAAGAAUGGGAGUUAGAACUGCCUCAUCCGACAAACAACGAAAAAGUGUCUAUAAUUGGAGUGAAUUCGUGGGGUCAGGCGUUGAGAUUAAAUAUUGAUUGGAAACCUCAGUCUUCCAACACGUCUUCAAUUGGAGUGAGUUUUCACUUCGAAGACGGAAAGGGAGGCAUAUAUGAGAUGAAUGAGCAAAAUCUGGUUCCGUAUGACAAACAUAAACGGGAAUAUAAAGCGCCGGGAAUUUCGUUAGAAGUAUUGAAUCCAUUCCGACGCUUAAGAAUCAAAUUUAGAGGAUAUCUAACAAAAAGCGGAUCAAAUGAAGUCGUUUUUGUCAAAAUGAGACUCUUGUGGAUCGCAAUCUCCAAUGUGUUUGACUUUGAAUGCGAUCACAACAAAGAUUUCAUUGAAUGUGAUCUUAAAAAUAAUUCAAAAUUCAAAUCAAUGGAUGAAAUAAAGUUUGAGAAUAGAUUUGAACAAAUGGGACAAAUGAAGGGCACGUUUCAAGUGGACCAUCAAAAUGAAGAGAAAUUGUUUUUGUGGGGAAAUAAGAGUAAAAAAAAAGCAGAAAAUGUGUUAACAAGUGGUGGAAAGGGCUCGUCAUUGGCUUCACUCAACCACUUGAGUGCAAAACUCAAGAAUUCAAUUGAUAUCAGAAUUCCUAAAGGAAUUGUCGUCACUUGUAGUGCAUAUAAAUUGUUUGUUAAACACAACAAACAAAUCGAUAGUUGUAUUCAAAAGUUAAAGAGCGCUGUCGGCAAACCCGAUAUACUUCAGAAAGAGUGCAGUAAUGUUGUGAAUGCAAUCAAAAGUUCACAAUUACCGGUGGAAAUUAAAAAUAAUAUCCGCUCACAACUCGAUAUACUCUACGCUAACAAUGAUUUCAACGGCCAGUCUUUCGCCGUCCGCUCGUCUGCCGCCGGAGAGGACUCGGAGGAGAUGUCAGCCGCCGGUCAGAUGACCACAUAUUUGGGAGUCAGAGGAUUGGAUGAAAUAUACGAUGCGGUGCUUAAGUGCUGGUCCUCUCAGUUCGACUUCAUUGCCGUUGAAUACAAGCGCGGAUACGGACAGGACGUGGACUCAAUGAUGGCGGUUGUCAUUCAAGAGAUGGUUGACUGCGAUUCUGCUGGCGUUCUCUUUACUUGCGAUCCCGUGUCCGGAGACGAGACAGAGAUUAUAAUUACCGGCAAUUAUGGCAUUGGAGAGAGUGUUGUGUCCGCGAUGUCAGAGCCCGACACUAUUAGAGUGGCCCUCAAUAUUACAGAUAAUUCAUUCAAUAGCCGUACAGUUAAAGGCAUUAAAUCCAUAUCUAUUGGAAGUAAAGCUAAAGCCAUUAAAAUGAAUACUUCUGGCAGUGGGACAGUAGAAGUGGAUACAAAUGAUGCAAAUAGUUGUUGUAUAAGUAAUGAAAACGCACUAAAACUGACAAAUAUUGCAUUAGAAAUUCAAAAGUUUUUCGGAAGCGUUCGCGAUAUAGAGUGGGGUAUUAAAGACGACCAAAUUGUGAUACUUCAGUCCCGACCCGUCACUAAUCUGGACACAGGUUUUACUGAAUUUGAAUUAAUGCAUGAAAUAGAUGUGGGAAUGCCUUCUGAGAAGGAAUACUUAUCCAAAGCUAAUGUCGGAGAAGUAAUCCCGGGAUGCACCUCGUCACUUAAUUUAACAUAUAAUUUCAAGCAAUGGAUGCCUCUUAUGAUCUACGACUUGCAUAUCUGCCUUCCGAACGGAAACUUAUACAUGACAGGCAUGCGAGGGCAUCUGUAG